ACAGUUGCAGAAGUGAUGGACAUUGUGAACAUAACUGGCACAAUGAUCGAAAUACGCGCUUCGCUCUGGAUCAAAGGAGCUUGUAUUUCCGACAGGACGGGAAGGCGGCAGCAACGAGAAUCGCCCGCCAGCCAAUCGCGGUGGCGAGUUUUUUUCAAGACGGCCAAUCAACGACCGAUACGUCUUACGGUGCAAGUGAGUGAAACGGAACGCCCUGACGUCGCCCAUUGAAGAAGAAGAGGGACGGUCUGAGCGAACCAGCCACAGGAGAAACUCAGUCAUGGCGGCCACACUUUGUAAGCUUUUUGUCGGUGGUCUGAAUGUGGAGACCACGGUGGAUGGCCUCCGCGGUCAUUUCGAGCAGUUCGGGGCGCUCAGCGACUGUGUUGUGGUCAUGAACCAACAAGUCGGCCGGUCCCGCUGUUUCGGCUUUAUCACCUACUCGUCACCGGAGGAGGCCGACGCAGCAAUGGCGGCUAAGCCACAUGUUAUCGACGGCAACAACGUGGAGCUGAAGAGGGCCAUAGCCCGAGAGGACGCGAACAAGCCCGACAUCCUCGCCAACGUCAAGAAGAUCUUCGUCGGCGGCGUGAAAGACCACAUCGAGGCCGACAACCUGACCGACUACUUCUCCCAGUUCGGCGUGGUGGAGAAGGCCGAGAUCAUCUCCGACAAGCUGACCGGCAGGAAGCGGGGUUUCGGCUUUGUCUUCUUCGAGGACACCGACUCCGCCACCAAAGCGGUGCUGACCAAGUUCCACAACAUCGACGGCAACCAGGUGGAGGUGAAGAAGGCGCUGACCAAGCAGGAGAUGUCCACCGGCGGCGGCGGCCGAGGAGGACGGGGUCGAGGGAGAGGGAUGCAGAACUAUGGCGGCGGCGGAAGAGGAGGUGGCGGCUACCGGGGAGGCUACGGCGGCAGUUACGGAGGCGGCUACGGCGACAACUACGGAGGGGGCUACAACGGCGGCGGCGGCGGCGGCUACGGGGGAUACGGGGGCUACGAAGAAUACGACAACCAGAUGGGUGGCGGGUACAACAACGGUGACUUUGGGGAAGGCUACGGACAGCAGCACUCCAGUUAUGGUGCAAUGAAGGGGGGCAACUACGCGUACAGGAGCGGGGCGCCCUACAACAGGGGCGGCGGCGGCUACGGCAGAGGAGGCGGCGGGGGAUUCGGCGGAGGCUAUUAGUGACUACCUGCCGUUUUUUUUUUCUUUUUGUUGAGCUGUUUCAUGGGGGGGGGGAUUCUGAUUACAACGAACUUGAAUUUACACACACAGACACACCACACAAGCCCAGGUGGGGGUGAGAGGGGGGGUCUUUAUUGUUCAGUUUAAAAAGAGACGUUGCCCAUCACCCACCCGGAAUGAAUGAGGCUGUCCUCUGGAUCCUUAACCCCGCCCGGACCCCACAUGUCCUCAUAUUCCUCACAUUCUGGACUUUACUACUAAGAAUCGUGAAUUAUUGAAUUGUACUUUUGUUAUGUCUGACAGGAGGGGGGAGGGCGGGGGACUCGUUUCGAACCAUUUGUAAAGCCGUUACCUAUGUCAGUCACUGCUUCUCGACUCGGGUGUGAGUUUGUUUUGUCUCGCAGAGCAGCCGUGUGUUAUGUUCGCAUCAUGAACUCAGGGGUUUUACGGUGAAGUUGGUGGCAGUGUCGGGCAGCAUGGGACUCGAUUGCUUGAGUUGCUUGAUCUUAAAUACUUUUUCUUUUUUUUUUCAUCGUGACAAAGUAUUUCUUUCGGAGACGUCUCGUACUGAUUCUUUUUUCUGUAUAUUAACACCUGUUUCCACUUCUCCCGUCCCAUUAGGCCGCCAGGCCUUUUCUUUAAAUUAAAAAAAACCGUUUAUGAAACCCAUGUGUUCAGUUCGCCCCUAUGUUGUAUUCUGCUUUUAUUAAAGUUUUUAAUGUUUUGAAAAAUC